GUACGAUUCUGCGGCAGGCGGUAUCUAUGUAUAUUUGAUGUCCCUGGGGAAGAGCAGCAGUUGAAUAAUUGCGUGUCUUGCUGGGUUGAUCAAUUAAAUGUUAAGUGGGAGUGAAAGCGGGGGGCUCGAGGGUGGAGCUUUUUGAAAAGUCAGUGAUUGAUUUAUUAUUAUUAUUAUCAUUAAUAUUUUUUUUUUAAACACCACCACUACCAUCAUCCUCCUCAACAUCAUCAUCGUCACCCUCCUCCUCCUCCUCCUCACCCCAUCGAGGAGCGCCAGUGUGCCGCUCACCGCUUCCAGGAAUCUAAUCAAGGAGGUUGCUCGUGAAUCCGCGGACGGACCGAGGUGAGGUCAACUUGCGCAACGAUGACGGGCAAAUCUGUGAAAGACGUCGACAGAUACCAGUCGGUGCUCAACUCUUUGCUGGCGUUGGACGAGAAUAAAUUCUGCGCGGACUGCGAAUCAAAAGGUCCCAGAUGGGCUUCGUGGAAUUUGGGAAUCUUUAUCUGCAUAAGAUGCGCCGGAAUUCAUCGAAAUCUCGGUGUCCAUAUCUCCAAAGUCAAGUCUGUCAACUUGGACCAGUGGACGCAAGAGCAGGUUCAGUGUGUUCAGGAGCUGGGAAACGCCAAGGCCAAACGCCUCUACGAAGCGUUCCUACCCGAAUGCUUCCAGCGGCCCGAGAGCGACCAGUCGGCAGAGAACUUCAUCAGGGACAAGUAUGACAAGAAGAAGUACAUGGAUAAGGUCAUUGACAUCCAGAUGCUCAGGAACGAAAAGAGCUGUGAGAACAUCCCCAAGGAACCGGUCGUGUUUGAGAAAAUGAAAAUUAAAAAAGACGUGAGCCCAAAGAUAGACUCUCAAUGUGUUACGGACUUGCUGGGAUUAGAUGCUCCCGCUCCAAGUCCUGCAGCGUCCAAUGGUGUUCCAGCCAGUACUGAGAGUCCAGCAGGUUCUAAUCCGGUGCACCCUGCCUUGGAUCUCUUCAGUCACCUCUCAGAUCCUUCUACUUCCUUCACAAAGAACACAGCUGCCUCCACCUUCUUGCCUCAGAGCAGAGUGACCGCCUCUGUGCCUGAAAACCUCAGCCUCUUCCUGGAUCCGGGCCCCAAAAAGGUGGAAGGCACGUUCAGGAAGCUGUCCAAGGACUCCAUCCUGUCCUUGUACGGCUCCACCCCGUCAGUGCACAUGAGCGGUUUGGCGCCUCUUCAUGGAUUGUAUAUGAACCAAAUGGGAUACCCGACACACCCGUACGGGUCUUACCAUUCGUUAGCUCAGGCCGGCGGGAUGGCGGGGGCCAUGGCCGUGUCACAGGCCGCCAUGAUGGGGCAGCAGCAGAACGGCUUGAUGGCGGCCCAAAGCGGCUUGGCCCGUCAUGGCGCCGCGGUCCCCCGAGGCGUGAUGGGCCAGCCGCAAAGCGCCAUAGUGAUGCAGCAGCAAGGGGCUGGCGUGAUGGCGCAUCAGCAGGCUGGAGGCUUGGUGCCGUUGCCUCAGCAGCAAGCGGUUGCAACGCAGCAGCUGCACUGGAACAUUGGACAAAUGACUCAGCACAUGUCCGCCAUGAACUUAUUCAGCGCCAACAGUCAACCGACAGGGAGCAACGCAGCUCCGAGUUCAGCGCACAUGACAGCACACGUGUGGAAAUGAAAUUGUAUCCAUCCCGAAAGUGAACUUAUGAAGUCCUCAACGAGAAGUGCGUGGAUGGGACUCUCUGCGUGAGCUUUUCCAACGCAAGGAGGAAGGAGGAGGAGACGAGAAUAAGGAACGUACAACUACCCCUUCCUCUCUCCUCGCCCAAAGCCGAGUCCACUUCCUGCCUCGUACACCUGGGCCAAGCUUCACAAAUGUCCGCACUUGCCUUGGGAAUGUUUCUUCAAUGCAGCAGCAGGGUCAGAGCCGCACAUUUUUAUAUCCAAUGAAAUACUUUAUGUUAUAUUUUUCUUAUUUUUAUGCGCACAACAGUACAACACAGACCUUAAUUUCAUUGGGCACAAUUUGUGUGUUUAUAACAGCGUUUUAGAUCUUCAAACAGGCCAACAAAUUGUAUCCCUUCCUUCAAGUUUAAUGAAUUUAAUUGUUUUCAUUUGAACAGCUUUCCCACAAAGUUGAGCAAUUCAAAUGGGGUCUCAUCGAAAUAAAAUCCAGUCGACGUCCCGAGGAACACAUUGUCAUCUACCACAACAUCUUGUUAUUAUUUGCACUUGUGAAUGUGUGUCUGCAUUUAGCCGGAAAAAAAGUAUUUUGUUCUCAUUUAUUUUCAUUUUUUCCCUUCCAGUCACAAGUUAUAUAAUAUUUCACAUGAAUAAUGAAUGUGUUUUAGUAAAUGUUAGCCCGACAGCUUGAACUGUAAGCUUGGCAGUGUUGCAAUUUAAAAAUAGGAAGCAACGGGGAAAUUUAAAGCACACAUAUGUAAUAAAUUUGAUUUAUAUAUGAAUUUGUUCAACAUUGGGUUGAAACGCCAACCAAAAGGUAAAUCAAUUUAAAUUAGUCAAUCAACAAAGGCAAACCUCCUUUCAUGUUCAAGCUCUGUGUAGCACUGAGGCACAUUUGAACCAUAUUUGGUCCUUUAUGUGGGAGCACAAUGAAAAAAAUUAUAAUAUAUUUCACUUUCUUAAAUAUGUUAAUUCGUUCUUGCAUGCACAGCUAAGCAUUCCAUAAUUUCCUCCAAACUCAGUAUCACAUCUGCCGUAAGCAAGAGACCUGAACUGGAUUUUAGCACACCAAAGAUAAAGAUUAGCUUCACGGGGAUUCCAAUAGGCUUUGUUAUGUAGCCAGUGUGCUAGUGCAAGGGUUUGCUCUCAUUGGACCAAAGAUGGGGCAUAACUAUGUACAGUAUGACGUGCCCUAUUAUAGGCCAAAAAUAACAUUGACCUCUCACUCAGGACAAAUAAAACAACAAAAAAAUGCAUGGCUGAGCCAAUCAGCAUUCGAGAUUCGAGAUGGCUUCCUUUUACACUUGUGAGCGUCCUUUCACACACGUGAUUAGGUUUUUGGAGUAAAUGUGAGAGAGUUUGUGUGUGUGUGUGUGAGGUAAAUGUUAGUUUUGGCCUGUACGACACUUCGUAUUACAUGUUGAACUGUUCACUCUGCUACUAGAGGCAAGACACCGCAACGUCUCGCUUGCCUGCAGUGACACAUAAACGGACGUGAAGCCGCCUUGUGUGGUCGAGGCCUGGAAUGACGAAAGUUUGUAAAAAAAAAAAAAAUGUUUAAAUAAAAUGUUAUGAUGUCACAGGGGGUUUUGAUGCGUUCAUGAGCUAACUCGCUAUCAGACACUUCCACCGGACUGCAUGAAGAGAAUGUUUAUACAAUGUUAUGUCGUUUUAAUGGCUUGAAUGUAUGUUGAGUGUGUAUCACCGAUGGCAAAAAUGGAAUAUGUGGCUGAUAUUUUUGUUUUACAAUGGGACCAAAACCCCUCGUGAAGUACGAAUCUAUGUGUUUAUUGUA